AGCAGGAAGGAAUCACGUUUCCAUGCUCUAUGCACUACAACAACAGAGGUAAGCUUGAAUUGAUUUUUUUAGCAGAGGAUUUAUCCUCUGAACAGAUUCCUGGAUUAUGCAUCUCAUAGUAGACGGAGUUCUGUUUCGACAGAACAAGGGUUAAUAAAGUUCUUGACAACCUUUCGGUGGAAAUGACAGUGACGGCACUCCACUGAAUCUGGCACACAGGCGUCAGCUGACGUGUGAAGACCAGCGGCCUCCAAUGAAAGUUGGGACCGAGCAGAAUGGACACUUAUCUGAACCAAACAACACCGCAUGUAUCACCCACGAGCAACAAACCUGGAUUUCCUGCUUUGUAUAUUCUCAUCCUGGUUGUUCUUCUAACACUGAUUGGAUGUAUCGUGGCAGUGGUGUUAUACAUCCGGAGGAAAUCAAGAUUAGAUGAGCUACGCCACCGGCUGAUUCCUCUGUACAACUACGACGCUGCAGAAGAUGAGAAAGAGUGGGGUGACACUGACAUGGACGAGGAAGCAGAGCUGACUGAACCUUUAUACAAGGCAGCACGGCUCUCGUUCACCUCUGGCUACAGAAAUUCAACAGGAAAUCAAGAAGGAUGAGUCCAGUUGGCAAAUUAAAUGAUGCACAUUGACAGACUCCUAGCCUGUUUCCACUUAGCAGUAAAGUAGCAUUUGAUACAGUCCAGUACACAAUGAUUAGUUUUCAUCAUGUGUACUGUAGCUCCCUGUUCGUUGCAUCGUUUUAUUAGGGGACAGAAACCAGUGGUAAAGUACUCUCAAGGUGGAGCUAGAAACACAGAAGUCAUUUGAGUGUUCUGUGUAACAUGGUGACAUGCACACAAUGCACCAUUUUAAAGUCUUUUUUGCAAACAAAGCUCAGUUUUUUCUUGCCAAGAAUGACAACAAUGUUCUGGAUAACCUCCUGUUGGCCUUUCUUAAAUGACUUGCACUCACCUUCCUUGAUUUUAUUGCCUGGAUCUGCUGUGUCACACAGGUACGCAGUACUCGAGUUGUAAAAAAAAAAAUCAGGGGGGAUGGUGGAUUUUAUCAUAUGGGGACAGAUAAUUUGUGCUGAUUACAAAUAAUAUAAUAUAUUACAAAUAAUAGCACUGACCAAAACACCUGCAGAAAUACUGCAGGAAUGACAUAGCAGCAGUUAAAUGCAGCCUUCUGUAAGCUUUAAAUAUCCACUGGGCUUACAUCAAAUACAUCAAAACACAACAAUAAAAAACACUUUUCUGAACUUAUCAAUAUGAUUAGUAAAGUAAGUAGUAAGUAAAAUGGAUCACUGCAAAAACUCAAAAUCUUAAAAAGAAUAUUUGUCUUAUUUCUAGUU